CUUUGUUUGUCAACCCCACUCUAUCCUAAUGACCGGACCAAAGAAGACUUCUUUGCUCUCCCACCGUCCCAACUCCUCCUCCACCGCGUAUAAAUCCCUCUACCUCAACCCGCUCACCGACGUCGGGGUCAACUCCGCCGACAAGGAGAAUGUGGUGCCCGACGUCGGCCCGAACAGCUUCAGCCAAGGCCGUGGCCGUGGUUUUGUUCCCCCUUCAAGCAAGGAGAAGAGCCUGCAGGCCUCUGGAGCCAAAGCCAUCCAUAACAAGAUUGCACUGAAGCCUUCCUCUCUGCAGCUGUGCAUGAAGCUGAACGAGCCUGAUUCAAAGCUUGGGGGAACGAGGCCGUGGGAGCCAAUCUCGUCGUCUUCGGAUAUGUGGGAAUUCUCGGACUCAGAAUCUGCGCCCGCUUCAUCCUGGUCUACUCUUCCCAACAGGUCAUUAUUGUGUAGGCCACUGCCAUUGGAUGUCGAGAGGUGUACUUGCAUUAUAGUCAAGGAACAAGCACAGGGGAGGGGAGGGGUGGCCCUCUAUUCUCUUUAUACCAAUGAGGGUCAUGGACGACAAGAUCGGAAACUAGCUGCUGCCCAACAUGCAAGGAGAAGUGGUAGGUCUCAGUUCAUUGUUUCUCAGAAUCCAAAAGGGAUAUUUGGCAGCUCAGAUGACAGCUUCUUGGGUACCAUAACGACUAAUCUCAUGGGAUCAAAAUACCAAAUAUGGGAUCAGGGAAGCCCGCUCGAUUCCUUGAAAAAUCAGUCAAAGAGACUUCUUGGUGUUGUUGCGUUUGUACCUACUAUAACUACUCUCACAGGGAGCUUUAGAAGCAUGAGGGCUUGGAUUCCCAAGCACCAAUCAAUGCAACUUAAAAACACAAAAACAACUCAGAUUCAGCAUAUCAAUGGACUUCCCAAAGACUGGGAGGAGAAAAGGAAUAGAGCCUGUCAACUCGUCUCAAGAGUUCCAUACUACAACAAUGUUACAAGGCGAUAUGAACUCGACUUCAGAGAGAGGGCAGGAAGAACAGGUCCCAGAAUUCAGGCGUCAGCGAAAAAUUUUCAGCUGAUCAUGGAGGAGAAAGGAAGACAAACAAUUCUACAACUUGGUAGGAUUGGGAAGUCGAAGUAUCUAAUGGAUUAUAGAUACCCCUUGACUGGUUACCAAGCAUUUUGCAUUUGUCUGGCCUCCAUUGACUCCAAACUCUGUUGCUCGGUGUAGAACUUCAACCUUCUGUAUUUCAGCCUCUGAAUACAAUGCCUUACAGUACUUUACAGCCCUUCUUGGACUCUCAAUGACAACGAUCGGAGUUUCCGCAGCUCAAACACUGUCACAUAGAGAAGCAUAAACAAAGAUGCAGGACCCAUUUCUCUUGUGCCAUCAAAAUGUUCUAGCAACAUAAAUGCAUUGUAUAUUAUAAGAGAUGAUAUAAGUGUUCGUACAUGUAGAAAUAUCUGUCAUCUGGUAGCCUCUCCAGCGCAUUCUCAUAGAUGAAAUGAUCCGGGAAAAAUUAAGGAAAAUUUAUAUGAUUGGUGGAUGCUAUGCUGUCAAGUGUGGAAAACCAGUUAACACCAUACACUAACUAAACCAAUGGAGCAAUUUUUAACUGAGAAAUUGUUGAUAUCAGUAACCAAAUUCCAGCUACCGAUUCCUUAAUUGGUUAUAUGCAAUUAAGAUGACCUCCGAACAUGGCUGAUAAUGCUUCAGCUUCAUCUGGUUUGGUCCAGUAUACUUGCAU